AUUGGUGGUAGCACUGAGCUCACAUUUUGUCAUUUGUGUGAGAAGAAGAAUUUUGUUGCAACAAACUUUUUUCCUUCCUUUUAUGAACGAUUGACAAGAUGUCGUCGAAAAUCAUCAAGUCCGGCGGGGCUGAGCCCGAUGCCUUCGAAACGCAAGUUGCUCAAGCUCUGCUUGAUUUAGAAAUGAAUUCGGACCUCAAAGCUCAGCUUAGGGAAUUACACAUUACUAAAGCAAGAGAAAUUGAGUUGAACAAUAAAAAAUCCGUUAUCAUCUAUGUUCCAAUGCCCAAGUUGAAACAGUUCCAGAAAGUCCAAGCAAGGCUUGUACGUGAGCUGGAAAAGAAGUUCAGUGGCAAACAUGUGGUGUUUGUAGGUGAACGAAAAAUUCUUCCCAAGCCAACACGUAAAACUCGUGCUGCAAAUAAACAGAAACGACCAAGGUCUCGUACACUUACUUCAGUGUAUGAUGCUAUUUUGGAAGACCUUGUGUUUCCUGCGGAAAUUGUUGGUAAACGUAUUCGUGUGAGGUUAGACGGCUCACAACUCAUUAAAGUCCACCUUGACAAAAAUCAACAGACCACAAUUGAGCAUAAGGUGGACACAUUUGCAUCAGUAUACAAGAAAUUGACUGGAAGGGAAGUUACUUUCGAAUUUCCAGAACCCUAUUUGUAAAUUGAUCUUUUGAAUGUUUAUUAAAAUAAUUUGAAAAAUCAGUGUAUUUAUACUGACUUGUAGAA